AUUUAGUAAAAUGUGCUUCUUGUUCUGCAGGUGGAACGGUACAAGAAAACAACCGCGGCAAUUUGGCCUCAGAAAACACCAAGAGGUGGAGCGAGACUGAGAACGACUGGCGAAAUUGAGCAUCAGAAAACACCAAGAGGUGCAAUGGUACAGGAAAAACAACCGCGGCAAUUUGGCCUCAGAAAACGCCAAGAUGUGGAAUGGUACAGGAAAAACAACCGCGGCAAUUUGGCCUCGGAAAACGCCAAGAGGUGGAAUGGUACAGGAAAAACAACCGUGGCAAUUUGGCCUCGGAAAACGCCAAGAGGUGGAAUGGUACAGGAAAAACAACCGUGGCAAUUUGGCGUCGGAAAACGCCAAGAGGUGGAGCGAGACGGAGAUCGACCGGCGAAAUUGAACAUCAGAAAACACCAAGAGGUGGAAUGGUACCGGAAAAAACGCCGCAAUUUGUCCUCAGAAAACACCAAGAGGUUGAAUGGUACAGGAAAAACUGCCGCAAUUUGGCCUCGGAAAACACCAAUAAGUGGAGCGAGACGGAGAACGACCGGCGAAAUUGAGCGUCCGAAAACACAAGGAGGUGGAAUGCGACGGGAAAAACCACCGCCGAAAUUUGGCCUCAGAAAGCUACAAGAGAUGGAAUUCGAGAGGAACAGCGACUGCCGAAAUUUGGCCGCAGCAAACACUGCCAAAAGGGACAGGACGGUGGUACCUCGAGAAUUUGAUGGCGGAAGACCCCAAAACUUUGACGGGUGUCAAUUCGUUCUUUAUUCAGUUUCAUUUAAUAUGCCAUUCAACUCUGUGUGUCUUUGAUUCAGUGUUUAAUAAAAUUGA